AUGGAAUUGGGUACUAAAGUUGCCAUUUUUCCCGUUUUCCUGGUGGGAUUUAUGCUCUCCAUGGGCGAUGGGUAUUUGAAGAGUGUUCGCGUGGAGGAGAUUCCGUUCGCGGGAAAACAGAUUGUCAGAAGCAGUAACCGAGCCAGCGGAAUCCAUCUCAUAUCAAGUAUCGAGCAUCAACGCACCUUUUUACACCUUUUUCAUGUGCCCUAUAUCAUCUGCUUUUAUGCUGCCAAGGGAAAGUGGCCGUACGUCCCAGGAUUCAUGAAAUACCGAGUGGAUAAUGCAGCUCGCAGUUUCUUCCACCAGAACGACAGUUUCAUCAAACAGUUUUGUACCAAGUGGAUCCAGGUUAAGGAGUGUUUUCGUCCCAUUUUUGACAAAUCUAACACCACAAGCUCCGAGGCGGAUGUGGAGACCCUGGACGCUAAGAUCCAGAACCAGAAUCAGAACCGCUGCGACUGCGACAAACUGAUGUCCACGGAGGCACCAGUGCCGGUAGUGUACUUUGACAAAAACUACAUUGGAAACGUUAGCUCUGAGACUAUCAUGAAUACAAUAGAGUUCCUCGAGAGCUUCCUGCCGCCACCUACCAAAAAACACAAACGCAAGAAUCGUGUACGAGGUCGCUUGGAUGAAAUAGAUGUUGAUUAA